AUGAAUAUCUUCCACCUACUCCUGGCCACCCUGCUGGUCUCCAUGUGCUUCCUCACUCCCUCCAGCCACCUGGCGCCUGAAGAAAAGCCCAGGGAUGACAGGAGCCUAAGGGACAAUUCCUCCGUGAAAAUAUUGGAUUUCCCUUCUGUCUCUAUUGUAGCACUGAACAAGAAAUCCAAAAGGAUCAGUAGAAAAGAGGCGGAAAAGAAGAAACCUUCCAAGAGAAACUCUUCCAUGAAGACCGUGGCCCGGCCCCGGCCCCCGCCACCCACCCCCUGCGUGGCUACUCGAGCGAGCUGCAAGUCGCCGGCGCCCGCCUGCUGCGACCCCUGCGCCUCCUGCCAGUGCCGCUUCUGCCGCAGCACCUGCUCCUGCCGCGUGCUCCGCCCCGUCUGCUGA